AUGCGCGCCGUCGCCGCCCUUCUCGCCUUUGCCUCCUCUGCACUUGCCUACUCCGUUCUCAGUCCCAACGGUGCUCAAGGAUGGACCAACCAGGGUGCCCAACUGUUGACGUGGCAGCGCGUAGAUACCGACAGGCAAAACUUCACCGCCUUGUUGAUCAACCAGAACAUCACCGACUUUAAACCCCAAGUUCUGCAAGCUUUGGUCAACGGCACUGAUGGUUCGGCUAGGCUGAACCCCCCUAGUGGCGGAUGGCCUGUGGGCCCUCAUUUCCGUGUCAACCUCGUCCAAGAUCCCAACAACCUCGACACCAUCUUGGCUCAAUCCCCCGAAUUCACUAUCAGUGUGUCUACCGCAUCGGUUUCCUCAACCGGCUCUAACACACUGGCCAAUACCGGCGCUACGAUUCCGAACACCGCGAGUGGUACCGUUCCUACUACACCUCCUGAUGGCUCGUCUGCUUCAGACCCUAUCACGGUUCCUACAAGCGCUGCCCUGCCUAGCUACAACGUUCAGGUUGUCCUUCUGGCAUUCUUGUCGCUCAUGGGAUUCGUUCUCGCUUGA